AAUAGGGUGAAAUGUAAACAUUUUUUACAAAAACUAAACAACCUUCAAGCAAAAAUGCCACGUAAACUAAGAAAUGUCGAAGGGAGGAUGGAAAUAGAAAAUUCGCCGUUUUCAGGCACCAUAGUAAUCAAUGUUCAGGCAAGAAUUGUCUUGGAUGCUACAAUUAGUGGGCCCAGGUGUAUUUGCAGGUUCUUGAAGUAACUCCCUACAAGAUACUUUAUAAUUAUGAAGGAAAAAAUAGUAUCUUCACAGGGAAGAAGACUGGCAGACAUGAUUUAAACAAGAGAUCAAAGUUGCACUGCCUCUUGUUGCACUGAGGAAGACACACUAUUGCUUCUGACGUGUUUUUUUGCAAAAAAAAAAAAAAAAGCCUGUCUCUGUUUCCUGUAUUUUGUCUUUGUAGCAGUUCCCACACGUCUCUGCCUCACCCUCUCCCCAGCAGAAUGUCAGUGUCCUAAGAUCAGAUAUGAUCCGUCUCUUUGGUCACCAUCGUAUCACUAGGUCCUAGCACAGACUGCCGGUGAAUAAUGUUGUACAAAUGAAUGAAGAGGUGGAUUUACUUGGAGCCGGCAACAUUCGUAGGAAAGAUGCAUUUAGCCGUGGGUGUCCUGGUGGAAGGGGAUGGAAGACAUUUGAAGACAGUGCCAACGCUCACAUGAAGCGUCACUUCGAGUCCUGAGAGAAGCGUGUCCUAAGGAAUACAAAUGAGGUGAUUGAGAAGAAAUAGUGAAGACCUUCGUUCUGUGGACGGGACAACAUGGAUCAGCCAUUUACUGUGAAUUCUCUGAAGAAGCUAGCCGCUCUGCCUGACCACACGGAUGUUUCCCUGAGCCCGGAAGAGCGAGUGCGCGCCCUCAGCAAGCUCGGCUGUAACAUCACCAUCACGGAAGACAUCACACCGCGUCGCUACUUCAGGUCCGGGGUGGAGAUGGAGAGGAUGGCGUCGGUCUAUUUGGAAGAAGGAAAUUUGGAAAACGCCUUCGUCCUUUAUAAUAAGUUUAUAACCUUGUUUGUAGAAAAGCUUCCCAGCCAUCGAGAUUACCAGCAAUGUGCAGUCCCAGAAAAGCAGGAUAUUAUGAAGAAACUGAAGGAGAUUGCAUUCCCAAGGACAGAUGAAUUGAAAAAGGACCUUUUAAAGAAAUAUAACGUAGAAUACCAAGAAUAUUUGCAAAGCAAAAACAAAUACAAGGCAGAAAUCCUCAAACAACUGGAGCAUCAGAGCCUGAUCGAGGCCGAGAGGAAGCGCGUGGCUCGGAUGCGGCAGCAGCAGCUGGAGUCGGAGCAGUUCCUGUUCUUCGAAGACCAGCUCAAGAAGCAGGAGUUGGCACGGGGGCAGACGCGAAGUCAGGAGACCCCGGCGCGGGCGGAGCAGACAGACGGGAGCGCUCUGUCCUGCUUGUCGGCGCACCGCAACCACGCGCUGCUGGACGUGUUCGCAGACCAGCCGCGGAAGAGCGAGGCGGCCCCUGACGCCAGCCACUCUCCUCCCGUGAACCGGGCGCUAAAGCCCGCGGCCGCUCUGAGCGCCGUGCAGAAUUUAGUGGUCGAAGGACUGCGGUGUGUAGUUUUAUCAAGAGACCUUUGCCACAGAUUUCUGCUGCUGGCAGAAUCUAAUACCGUGAGAGGAGUAGAAACGUGUGGAAUACUGUGUGGAAAACUGACACAUAAUGAAUUUACUAUCACCCAUGUAAUCGUGCCCAAGCAGUCCGCGGGGCCGGACUACUGUGACGUGGAGAACGUGGAAGAAUUAUUCGGCGUUCAGGACCAACACGGCCUCCUCACGCUGGGGUGGAUCCACACACAUCCGACCCAAACUGCAUUCCUGUCCAGUGUUGAUCUUCACACUCACUGUUCCUAUCAGCUCAUGCUGCCAGAGGCCAUUGCCAUUGUUUGUUCGCCAAAGCAUAAAGACACGGGUAUUUUCAGGCUCACCAAUGCCGGCAUGCUUGAGGUUUCUGCUUGUAAGAAGAAGGGCUUUCAUCCACACACCAAGGACCCCAGACUGUUCAGUAUUUGCAAACAUGUGUUGGUAAAAGACAUAAAAAUAACCAUGCUGGAUCUAAGGUGAUGUGUUCCGAAGAUUAGCACCAUUGACAGCAGACACGAACGCGUGGACGUGCGGCUGCCGGAUUUUCUUAAGACGUUUCCUGAAGUGACUGAUAUUUUAUAUUUAUACAUUUUAGAUCAGAAAGUUUGAUAUUUAUUGUUCUGGCCCAUUUUGAAGUUGUCUUUUUGGGUUGCUCUGUCUCUGGAGAGUCACAGUGUGUUACAUCAAUAGCUGUGAAUUCGCCCAGCUGCUCCGACCACGUAAUAAAUGACGCUGCAAACAGUA